AUGGUACUCAAUGACUGCCAUUUACCCAAUUAGAUUAUCCAGGCAGUAUUAAAAUAUCUCAGGAUAAUAUUAUAGUAAGAAAUGAUAAAAAGGCUUAUUUUUAUAAAUAUGAUUUUGAAAAUCAUAGAUUCUACCUUAAUAUCUAUAUUUUCCUGGAAGCGAUAAGCUUUAAGAAAAGAAAGUCAUUGUUAUUAAAGCCAAAGCCCCAAAUAAUCAAUAAUGUGUAGUUUCCCUAACAUAUUAAAUUAUCGAAGAUAAUGAAAAUUGGAUUUAUAGGCUAGAUGAUCAAUCCAUGCCUUUUCCAAAAUCGAUUGCAGAAGGCCAAGCUCAAUCGAUAAUGAAAAAAUAGGCCUCAGGACCUAAUCUUUAAGAUAAAUUAACUAAACCAGUAAAAAUUGGAGGUACAGAAAUUACCGCUUCUAUAGGAAGAAGAGUAAAACUAAUUUUAAGUCCUAAUUAGCCAAAAAAUGUGAUCUUUGCUUAAAUGAUUUCAAUUUAAGAUGAUAGAAUCGUCUAUUAAUUUUUGUAAACUGAAGAUUUGACACUUCAACUUCUAAGAUGCAUUUAUUCUCCAAUUGACAAGAAUACAUUAUAAUGUGAAGUUUUUCUUAAGGUUAUAGGUAUUUCAAAUAGAUUAACCAGGUAAAAUUGUUAAAUUUUGUAUCCAAAAUUCGAAGUUGAAUCUAAUUUUACAUUUUAUUUAAUGUACAUAGAUAUAGAUUAUAGUGUUUAGAUUUUAGGAAUUAUAGAAGACUUUUAAGCUUUUUAAAAUCUAAAAACAAUAAAAUUAGAUUCUACAGACUCCUCAAAUUCUAUCUUAAGUAUUUUUAAAUACAUGGAUUAUCUUUUAAUUCAUACAGCUAAUAAGAAUAUUUUAACAUUCUUCAUUAACAGACCUGAGCUUUUUGUAUUAGCAACUUUAGACAAAAGUUCAUUUUUAUAAUAUGAUUAUGAAGAUUGGGACCCAAAAGCAUUUUUUACAAAUAAAUAAUUAAAUCCAAACAUUCUUUUUAUUUAACAUAACAACAAUAUUUUAAUUUUAGACUCAAAUUUAGCUUUGUUUUAAUUCAUUACAACUUUACAAAUUACUCCAAAAUUAGAUUAUUCAGUUGCAAUAGGAAAAGAUACUUUCUUUGUUGUCCAAGGCAAAUCAUCUAAUGAUGCAAAAGAUGCUUAAAUCUAUGAAUACAACUUUGCAGAUAUAAAACAUGUCUAUUUGCAAAAAAAAUUAUACUUAUAUUGGUAUGAUAUUUCAACUCCUUUAAAUGCUGACUUUAAUGAAGAAACUGGUCAUUUGUUUGUUAGAGGUGUCUGUUUAUACAGUAAUAAAUCUUAUGUCUUGGUAGUCAAACCUAAUACUCCUCAACAUGAGGCCUUAGACCAAGCUUGGGAUAUUGCUGGUGUACUUAUUCCUGACUCAAAAAAAAUAUUAAUUGCUUCAUAUGGAUUACAUUAAACUUAUUUGUAUUUAAAUGUUGAAGGAGAACAAAAACUCUUUGCUCUUUACAAUGAAACUGUAAUGAUUAUUAACUCCAAAAUCAAAUAAGAUAUUUAUUCAGAUUUCUUUUCCUUAAAUUUAAAGAUAACUAAUUAUAAUUUCUAAGGCAAGCCUGAGAAAUUUAAUAUUUUAGAUAUUAAUUAAUAGAUUAAAAUCUUCUCUACUUUAAAUUAAAUUACAUUCAAUAAGAAUGACUUCCCUUUUUCAUAAUCUGGUCUAAAAAUAUUAUCAAUUUACGAUACUCAAACCAUUAAGUUGGGUAACGAAUGGUACUCUGGAUAAAUUGGAAAUUUUACAAUCGAUUGUGACUAAUGCUAAACCAAUAUUCAAUUGUAAGCCACACUUUAUCCGAUCAAUCAAUAAAUCUUUAAUAAAUUUGAAAUUAGAGAUAGUGUCAGAUAUGAUGAUGACUAAACUAUUAUCCAAACAAAAAGUGGAUUGUUAAUUGUUGAUUCUGACAAUAUUUUGGUUGAAGAAUAUAAUUUUUUCCAUCCCUAUGAUUGCUCUUAAAUUACUAUUUCAGAAGACAAAAAGCUAAUAUAUUCUUAUUGUGGUAGUUAGUAUGGAUUAAUUCAUAUCACUGAAUGUUUGUCAAUCCAUAAUUUUUCUACUUUGGGAACAUAACCAAUUUAUAUGGAUUCAUUGGAGAUUUGAAGAAAUUUCUACAAUAGAAUUACAUGCUAUCAAUGAGAAAUUGUUAACUCCGUUACAGGAUUUUUAGCCAAUUGAUUUUUCAGUUGUCAGAUAAAAAGAUUGUGGGAAUAAUUAAUACUCUUAUAAACUGAUUAUUAGCAAUUCAUGUGAUGGGUUUAUUUUUAUAGACUUCUUUAUUACAGAUCUGUAUGAAUUUCUAUAUUUGUCAAUUGAAACACUAAAUCUUCAUGAUUAUUUAAAUAAUGAAGCUAAUUAAUACACGCUCUCAACAACUAAAUUUCUAACGUUUCAAUUGUUUUAGGAACCAACUUAUGAUUAAAUUUUAGAUUCUUUGAAGAUAUCUCUCAUAAUUUUGACUUCUGAUGUUUCACAAUAUGGCUUUCAAUUUGAAUUUACUGCUCAUUCUACAGUUAACACACUCCUGACUACUAAAGCUUUGUCAGCUGUAAUUGUCAGAUAUGGAAAUUUUAGUGUAAUGAAUAAGUUAGCUAUCCAUGAUGUCUACAAGUCAUUAGUUAUACCUUACAAAGACUAAAAUUUCAUUUAUGUUUGUGUUUAUAAUUUAGAUAAUGAUUCCUCCUCCCUUAUUCCUACUGUUAUUAUUGGUCGCGUUAUCUUAUUAAAUGAAUAAGAUUAGGAGAAGAGCCCAGUAUGACUAGGUUUGUUUUUUACUAAAAAAGAUAAUUUUUUUGUUGUCUCAUAAAUAAAAAAUCCACCAUUAAUUUACGGAAUCUAAAAAUCCGCAAUUCUUAUAUUGAAUAAUCAAUUAAAAGCUUUAAAGAGCUAAAAAAUCACACUAAUAGCUUAUAAUGAUUUUCAUGAAGAGAGAAUACAAUUCAAUUUGAUUGUAAACAUAGCCAAUAAAUAUGAUUGUAUUGCAGAAAUUAAUAAUUUACAGAUUUAUCCGACUGCUGAUGAAUUCUUGUAGUGGAAAGUAUCAUAAAAUUUUUUCGAUAUUGUUUCUCUUAAAUAUAGUUUCGAACAAGAAGAAUCCGAUUUUUCAGUUGUUUAAUAAAUUUAACAAAUUGGAGAAUAAAUAAAUCAUAUAUAAGGUAAAAUUUAUAAAUAAAUAAAAUUAGCUGCAACAUAAAUUAUAUCUUCUAAAGCAAUGCUAACCAAAAAUAAAUUAUGGUCAAAUUAAUUUGGAUUUCUAAACAAAAAUGGUUCAAAAUGUUCCAUUUUUUUUACAAAUAAAUAAGUUAACUAAUUUAUAUUAGUACCAACAUAUCUGGCCCUGCAUCAUUCAAUUAAGUUUUUGAAAUUGAAAUGCCUGAUAGAAAUCCUGAUUGCAUUGAUUUUGUUUAAUUGUCAACUAAUACUUUUAUUGCUGAUUUACAAUACUUAAAUUCAUCGUUUUUAUUUUUAAUUGAGGCUACUAACUAAACAUACCAAUAUUCCUUUGAAAAUACUUUGUUUAAAAGAGUUUUAGAGCCAUUUUAGAUAUAGGGUUAACAAUAUUUUGUCAAAGUUUCUUUAUCAAUAACAACUGAUGGUCGAUUAGCUAAUAAUUCUUUUUUUGAAUUGUUUUAAUAUGUUGAAGAUUGAAUGAUCAGUUUUCCAACCUUUGAUAAAAAUUUCUUAUCUUUAAUUUCAAAAACAUAGAUAAAUUAAUUGAAUAUAGUAGAUAUAAAAAUUGGUUUGGAUGGAUAUAUUUAUUUAUUAGAUGUUAAGUUAGGCAUCUUUGUUGUUUAGUUAAGUACAACUUUCAGAUUUGUAAAAUAAAUUUGCUAUAAUCUUGAGUAAACUUAUGCAUUUGAUAGAAUUUUGUUAUUCAAUAAUUAAGAAAUUUUUGUUAUAAAAGGUAAUAAUUAUUAUGCUUUAAUGAAUUCUGAUGGAAAUAUUUAAUCAAUAAAAUAGCUACCAUUUAAAAAUUAGAAAUAUCCUCAAAAUAUUAAAUUAAGUCAAAACUAUGUUUUGUUACAUAAUGAAGGAGAGCUGUAUAUUUAUUAUUCUGAUGCGAGUACAAAUAGUUUGGUAGAUAUUAUAAAUUUAUAAAAAAGAUAAGUAAUCAUUAAUCCCUAUAGUUAAUAAAUAGUCAUAGUUUCUUUAAAUUCCUCUUCAAUUUGGAUGUUUGGGAUAAUUAAUAUUCAAGAAAAAUGCAAAACCUAGUGCAACUCUGAAAAAUUUCACAAUAAUAGGCAAAUCUUAAGAUUAAUUAGUCUGUCAAUCAAAAAUCCACUACAAAGUAUUAGCUAAAAGUAAUGAGACAAUCUACAGAAAGGUUUAUAAUGAAACACCUUUCCCUCAUAUUUUUGACGAGAAUAAUGGAAAAAUUAAGAUAGGAAAUUUGGCCUCGGGUCCAAAUUAGAUUUACAAUAUUUUUUAGCACAUAUUAUCAUUGACUCUGCUUUAAAAUAAAUUCUUUAGUUUUUUUGGGGAUUAGGAUUAAGAUGUUUUUGCUAAGGUUGAACAUUAAAGAACUAUAUAAGUUAACAAAUGGCCAAAAAAAUCUUUAUAUUAGACUUCUCUAAUAGGCAAUAAUUAAGAAACUCUAUUCUAAGUUUUCUAACUGGAAGCUUAUAGAGUUAUUAUUCAAACUUGUGAUUUGAUCAAUCACGAAAGAUAAGUUUGUAAAGAAUUUGGAAAUUUUACCACGACACAAAUAUUAUCAGAUUAAAUUUUUAGCAUGUGGUAGGAUAACAAAAAUAUUGUUCACUUCAUCACUUUAGAGACUCCAUUCAUAAUAAGAUUCUACAACAUUAGCAAUAAUAAAACUCAAGAAUAUGGAUUUAUUUAAUUAAACUAGGAUGAAAAUAAAGAUGAACUCAAAGUAGUAGCAUUCAAAAACCAAGGCAUUUUUUUAUUUGUUAUAUAAUUAAAUGGGAACUUGUCAUCAUAUUAUAUUGAAAAUCGUCAAAAAAUUAAUUAUGUUACAGGGGCAAAUUUAGGUGGAUUUUAAGGAGACUGGAAGCCAAUAAGUUUAUUUGGAAAUAGAUUCUUAAGACAAAAUGUUUUUUUUGUUUAAAAUGAGAACAAUAUAGCAAUAAUUAGUUACUGCAAUCAAGAAUUCUUUUAUGAAUAAAAGAUAGACUACAAAAAGGCAAUUAAAUAUACAUAGAUUAAUCAGUUAAUUCAUUCUUCCUUGUAAAUAACAAAGAAUUGAGUGAAUACAAUUAUGAAAAACUUAACAAUAUUUUCAAACAAAAGAAUGUUGAAUUAUUUGGAUAUUAAAUCCAUAAUCCUUUAGGUGUCUCAUCACACUAAUAAACAGGUACUCUAAUAAUUAGAACUUUCAAAAAUGAUAAUGUAUAUUUGAACAUUUUCAAACCGAAUCAAUUACAACAUGAUACCUUUUAUUCGGCUGUUUAAAUUAAUGCCAAAAUUGAUGAUACAUUUUCAGUAUCUGCAUUUUGAUCAGAAUCAAUAGGAUCUGCAUAUGUAAUAACAAUAGUAUACAGCGAAGAAGUUUAGUAAUUAGAUUUUAUUGUACUUGAUCCUUAAUUAAUUCUUAUACCUAACGAAAUGAAAUAAAAAUAUCUUACUGAUUAUGAAAUUAAAAUUAAUGUUAACAAUGCUGAUUCCUAAAAUAAUAAUUUACUUGCAUUCACAUAAAAGGUUAAAGUAAUCAAUACAUUUACAAAUCUAAUUGUUGAUGAUACAAAAUUGAUUUAAUAAAUUGAUAUUGAACCAAAAUAAAAUUCAACUUCUAUUAAGUUAAAAAAUUAAUGGAUUAGUGGAUAAUAAGCUUAUUGUACACUAAAAUAGGAAAAAGCUAAUGAUAUAGUCUUAUAAUAAUAUCUCUAAGAAACUAUAAAUGAUGCACUUAAAAUUACUAAUUCUAAGAUGCUUCAGUUUUCUAAAAGAAUUUGA